UUGCCUGGAGGUUUCCAACUCUGGUCAGGUGUGCUGAGGUCCCGGCAAGAGAUAUACUCUUUCUGAACCCUGGCAGCCACGUUGCUCAGCAUAAAUGCUUCAUACUGUCAGUUAACUGAUGUGUAGAGAGAAGUAUGACUGCAUUACAGCUUAAAGAGCUGUCACACUCAGGUCUCUACCGGAGAAGACGAGAUCGCCCUGAUAGUGUGAGACUAAAUGGGUUACCGGAGGAAGAGCUAAGCAACAUGGCCAAUGCCCUGGCCAACGCCACCUGUGAGCGCUGCAAGGGGGGCUUUGCGCCCGCCGAGAAGAUAGUGAACAGUAACGGGGAGCUGUACCACGAGCAGUGCUUUGUGUGUGCUCAGUGCUUCCAGCAGUUCCCAGAGGGGCUCUUCUAUGAGUUUGAAGGAAGGAAGUACUGUGAACAUGACUUUCAGAUGCUCUUUGCUCCUUGCUGUCAUCAGUGUGGUGAAUUCAUCAUUGGCCGAGUGAUCAAAGCCAUGAAUAACAGCUGGCAUCCUGAGUGCUUCCGCUGUGACCUCUGCCAGGAAGUUCUGGCGGAUAUUGGGUUUGUCAAGAAUGCUGGGAGACAUCUGUGUCGUCCCUGUCAUAAUCGUGAGAAAGCCAGAGGCCUUGGAAAAUACAUCUGCCAGAAAUGCCAUGCCAUCAUUGAUGAGCAGCCGCUGAUAUUCAAGAAUGACCCUUACCAUCCAGACCAUUUCAACUGUGCCAACUGCGGGAAGGAGCUGACGGCUGACGCCCGGGAGCUGAAAGGAGAGCUGUACUGCCUGCCAUGCCACGAUAAGAUGGGGGUCCCCAUCUGUGGUGCUUGCCGACGGCCCAUUGAAGGGCGCGUGGUGAAUGCCAUGGGCAAACAGUGGCAUGUGGAGCAUUUUGUUUGUGCCAAGUGUGAAAAGCCAUUUCUUGGACAUCGCCAUUAUGAAAGGAAGGGCCUUGCAUAUUGUGAAACCCACUAUAACCAGCUCUUUGGUGAUGUUUGCUUCCAUUGCAACCGUGUUAUAGAAGGUGAUGUGGUCUCUGCUCUUAAUAAGGCCUGGUGUGUGAGCUGUUUUGCCUGUUCCACCUGCAACACUAAAUUAACGCUCAAGGAUAAGUUUGUUGAAAUUGAUCUAAAACCAGUCUGCAAACACUGUUACGAAAAAAUGCCAGAAGAAUUUAAGAGGCGACUUGCCAAACGGGAGAGAGAAGCGAAGGAUAAGGACAAGCAGAAAAAGAGAAAGCCAGUGUGGCUGUGACCUUCUCUGUCCCUCUGCCAGCAUGCUCCCUGCUUGCUUCUUCGGAAUAAAUUUGUGGAGUUUGACAUGAAGCCAGUCUGUAAGAAGUGCUAUGAGAAAUUUCCGUUGGAGCUGAAGAAAAGACUUAAGAAACUAGCUGAGACCUUAGGAAGGAAAUAACUUCCUUUGUUUUUUCUCUUCUACGCAAAGAAAAGAGAUUACCAACGUUACUUGACUUGAUCCACUCUGUUUAGAGCUGUAUCUCAAAAUAGUUGAGAGUGAAGAGGGCCUGUAUGAAUGGUUUUCUUCAUCUCCUUCUUUUCAUUAAAAAAGAAAAAAAGCCUGUGUAAUCAUAUUUAAAACACAGAUGAAGUCAAGAUUUGCUUUUGUUAAUAACCCUUAUCAAUUUGUCAAAAUGUAGAUUGUUCUUAACAGCAAAAAACACAUGGCUUAGAUGUUAGAUUUUAACUAAGGUCCAAAAAAAUUAAUUUAACUUCUAAAAAUGAAAGUAGGGAGUCAGCUUUCACAUGGCUCAGAUAAAAAAUAGAAACAUUAUUUUACUUCAUAUUUGAAAGAAAAAUAAUUCCAACUGCUGUUGGAGAGAAUAGAAGGAAAAAAAAUAACCAGCCAAGAAAAACAAAUCUUACAGAAUCUGAGUAUGUUUAUCAAACUAGUAGCUAGUGGCUAUAAAAUGAAUAUACACAUUACUAAGACAAAAAACAAGUGCAUUCAGAACUACUUGAUUUCAUUUUUUGUUAAAUGCAAUAAUUAUGCUUAGUUUUUUGUUCUUGUGAACUUCCUUAGUACAAUUACUUAACACAGUAGUUAUAGCUAGCUAAUAGUAUGCCUUUUUAAAUUUUGUGCAAAAAAAAUUUAUACUAGGCAUUUGAAAAUUCAGUAUACUUUACAAUAUUGGAAAAAAUGAAGUAUUUUUUAACGUAUUUACAGCAGUUAUGCUUCUAAGCUUAAGGUCAAAGAUGUAGUCUUAGAAUAGGACACGAAAUGAAAUUUUAUGUAGCUUGGAAUGUAUCACUUAAAACAAGUGAAUGUAUAUGUAUUGGUCCUCUUACCUUUAUAACCAUGCUAAUGUCUAUGCUGUAUACGUAACCAACCUUGCCUUGCCUUAGAAAAACAUAUGUUAUUCAGGAAUUGUAGCUGUUUCAUGCAAUACCAAAAAUAAGUGCAUUGAUUGAGAUUUGUAAACCCAAAUUCCUCUGCCACAGCUAUGGUGAUACUUGAUUUUUUAUUUUUCUCUCUUUUUUGGGGGAGAAAAAAUUGAAUUUAAUUAAUGGAAAUUAAUUUUUGUCAUCUUGUUAGAAGAAUGAUAUUGAUAGGUGUUUCAAGUUUUUCAUUUCCGAUGUUGUAAUUGGAUUUUCUUUACUAUAAGGAGGAGGUAAAAAUGACACUUUUAAAUUGGGAGGAGGAUGUUUAAAUGUCAAUUUUAGGUCAAAAGUAGUGUAUUAUUCUACUUUAUAAAAAGUGUUUUUAGAAAGUUUAUCCUGAAGUUUCUGGACCAUUCUUUCUCGAUAAACUUGUAUGCAAAGCAAAUUUUGUGAACAUUUUUUAAAUGUUGCUGCUGCUGUGUUAUCAUUUAAAAGAAAGUUCCCAAGAUGGACUUUUAAGGAGGAAAUUACUGGUUUUUAAAAAAAUUGUUGAAAUACCGUUUUGCCAUUUAAAAAAAACCUCAGGAUGCUACCAAUCUGCCAUUAAAAUAUUUGUAUGCAUGUAUUUUUUUAAAAAUUUGUGCAUGCACUUUACAGAGUAAAUUCUAUUUCAGUUUUCAGAUAACUUAUAACCAAUUACUUUUUAGUGUUCUUUUAGAGUUCAAAGAAUUAUCAGUGGUUGAAAAUAAUCAAUAUAUAGUUUAAGACUUUGCAUCUGACAGUAAGAAUCAGAAUCCCUUCAGAAUGCCUUUGUCAGCUAAUACGUGACCAGCAAGGAAAACUUUGGAAGUAUUUAUUAAAUAUUAUACUAUGGAUAUAGGCAAAAUAGUACAGGCUUUGCAGUUUGGGAUCUUGAUGCUAAAUUGUCAAAUCCCCCUACACCAGAAAUAAGGGACAGAAAGCAAUUAUUUACCCAUAUUCUUAAUCACAUUGAAGAUGCAUGAACUGAGCUCAGCUGCUUUGCUUAACGUAUCUUACAUAGCCCGGCUUCUCCUGCAGCCAGAUGCGCACUGCUGUCUUUGCUCACUCCUCUUUUAAAAUAGGAAUUAAUAUUUCCUGGAAGUUAGAUUUGGCAACCCUCUACAACUUUAGGAUAUUUUGUCUAGAUACAGUAGACGCCCUCCUGCUAGGGGCGUCACUGGAGUCCUUACCUGUGGGAAAGGAGGAGGAAGUCGAAAAGUUGCAAGUGGAAUAGAAGACAGGCUUGGUCGAAUUCAUGAUAUUUUUCAUGGGGUUUUCCCUGGCUGUGGAAAAACUUGGGCUAGUAAGCAUUUCUCUCUUUUUAAAGUCCUACAAGGCAAUUUGAAAUAAUUCAUUGUUCUCACCCAAUUUCUAAGUGCUCUUUUUCUUACCAAGCCUAUUAUAAUUGGGGGAAAUGUCUGGGUACAAGUAAAAUAUUCUUUGGAUCAUGUUCAAAGCCUUAUUAACAUUGUAUCUAAAAUGAUAGGCCAUUUUGCCUCACUUACUUGCCAAAAUAGCCAUUACUAAGUUAAGAAAAGUUUGAGGUAUGCUUACAGCAUUCUUGCAUUUCAUUUUCGAUUGUAAGCUCGAUGGCAGGGACACUAUGUUGUUAAUUGUGUUUUUACAUAGCAACCAUUGCAGUAUGCUCUUGGUGUUUAAUAAAUGUUCAUAAUUAUUAAGAAUAA